CCGAGCCCUGGGAAGGAGGGUCACGAGGCUGGGGCCGGAGGAAGAAGGAUGGCUGGAGCCUGUGGGGCUUGGAGCAGAGAGGGUGACCCCUGCGCUGAUGUGUCGUGUCCCUCAGCGGCUAGCAGGACCUGAAGCCUCCCUAAAGGUCUCCGCUGUUCCCGCCGGUGUCCCUUUGGUGUGACCUGAGGCCGCAGAGAUGGCAAGUCCCGAGGUGGAGGUGGUGGUAAGCAGCUGCAGCUCUCGCCAGGAUGAAAACCCCUGCACUUUCCACCCAAGCUCGUCCCCGUCUGAGCAGCUUCUCUUGGAAGACCAGAUGAGGCGGAAACUCAAAUUCUUUUUUAUGAAUCCUUGUGAGAAGUUCUGGGCUCGGGGUAGGAAGCCAUGGAAACUUGCCAUCCAGAUUCUGAAAAUCGCGAUGGUGACGAUCCAGCUGGUCCUGUUUGGACUGAGUAACCAGAUGGUGGUAGCUUUCAAGGAAGAGAACACCAUAGCCUUCAAACACCUCUUCCUGAAGGGCUACACGGACCGGAUGGAUGACACCUACGCAGUGUACACUCAGAGUGACGUGUAUGACCAGAUCGCCUUUGCAGUGAGCCAGUACUUACAGCUUCGAAACAUCUCUGUGGGCAACCAUGCUUAUGAGAACAAGGGGACCAAGCAGUCAGCGAUGGCAAUCUGUCAACACUUCUAUAGGCAAGGAACCAUCUGCCCUGGGAACGAUACCUUUGAUAUCGAUCCAGAAGUUGAAACAGAAUGUUUCCUCAUAGAGCCGGAUGAAGCUUUCCACAUCGGAACACCUGGAGAAAAUAAACUCAACCUGAGCCUGGACUUCCACAGACUUCUGACGGUGGAGCUCCAGUUUAAGCUCAAAGCCAUCAAUCUGCAGACAGUUCGCCACCAGGAGCUUCCUGACUGUUAUGACUUUACUCUGACUAUAACAUUCGACAACAAGGCUCACAGUGGAAGAAUCAAAAUAAGCUUAGACAACGACAUUUCUAUCAGAGAAUGCAAAGAUUGGCAUGUGUCUGGAUCAAUUCAGAAGAACACUCACUACAUGAUGAUCUUUGAUGCCUUUGUCAUUCUGACCUGCUUGGCCUCGCUGGUGCUCUGUGCCAGGUCUGUGAUUAGAGGCCUUCAGCUUCAGCAGGAGUUUGUCAACUUCUUCCUUCUUCACUAUAAGAAGGAAGUUUCAGCCUCUGACCAGAUGGAGUUCAUCAAUGGGUGGUACAUUAUGAUUAUCAUUAGUGACAUACUGACAAUCGUUGGAUCAAUUCUGAAAAUGGAAAUCCAAGCCAAGAGUCUCACAAGCUAUGAUGUCUGUAGCAUCCUUCUUGGGACUUCGACCAUGCUCGUGUGGAUCGGUGUUAUCCGAUACCUGGGUUUCUUUGCGAAGUACAAUCUCCUUAUUCUGACCCUCCAGGCAGCACUGCCCAACGUCAUGAGGUUCUGUUGUUGUGCUGCUAUGAUCUACCUGGGCUACUGCUUUUGCGGAUGGAUUGUGCUGGGCCCUUACCAUGAGAAGUUCCGCUCCCUGAACAGGGUCUCCGAGUGCCUGUUCUCGCUGAUAAACGGAGACGAUAUGUUUUCCACAUUUGCGAAAAUGCAGCAGAAAAGUUACCUGGUUUGGCUGUUCAGCCGCAUCUAUCUGUACUCAUUCAUCAGCCUCUUCAUCUACAUGAUUCUGAGUCUCUUCAUUGCGCUGAUCACAGACACAUACGAGACAAUCAAGCACUACCAGCAAGAUGGCUUCCCAGAGACGGAACUUCGAAAGUUUAUAGCGGAAUGCAAAGACCUCCCCAACUCCGGAAAAUACAGAUUAGAAGAUGACUCUCCGGGCUCUUUAUUCUGCUGCUGCAAAUAGUAACGGUUGGGUUUCUCUGUGCUUGGGAGGAAAGUACAGUGUGUGGCUGAGCCGGAGAUAAUAUGGAUUAAUUGUGAUCACACAACAGUAUGUUCAGAUAUUCGUAUUCUGAGUUAACUCACAGCUAUGACUUAGCAGGACCUAUUUAUAUUUUUUGAAAACAUUAGCAUUUUUGAAACGACUUGACGAGGGAAGCUGAUGGGUCUUAGUCGCUGUGGCUCAUAAGUAUGCUCUCUAGCCCCCCCUUACCACACUGCAUGCUUUGUGCCUGCACUGGCUUCUCAGUGACUUUGGAUGACCCGGGGUUCCUCUCUGAGAGUUGGGAUCAUUAUGACGCAUCAGACACCACUGAGUCUCUCCUAAAAUGAAGACAGAAUAGAGAGAACCCCACAGCUGUGGGUGGGAUGCUUGGCUCUGAAGGGCAGUCAUUACUUGAUUCUCAUAUUCAUUUAGAACCUUUCCCUGCCCUUCUGUGUUAAGAUACAAGGUUGGAAGAGAGUCUAUAUGCAAAUGAAGUCCAAGUGCAUGCCAAGGAGGCAUUUGAUUAAACAGUGAUGGUUUUAUUAGCAUCCAAACACUGUGGGAGGGGGAGGCUGGUUAUAAGGUGUACCUUCCGCAGUCUCCACAAACCCAUUUGCAGUCAGGAUUUGUGGCUCUAUGGUUGAAGUUCUAGAACCCAUGUUCAAAAUUUUAAAAUGAAUAUAUGUAGCCUGAAAAGGCCCAGAAUUAAGCUCUGUAUUUCUUAGUUCUCUAGUGGGAAAUUAUGGGAAUUUGGUGAUAUAAUAUUUAUUUUGUGUAUUUAACUAUGUAGACAUUAAUUCAAUUAUGUAUAAUAAUGACUUUACAAGAGCUCCUUUAAAAAAAGAAUAAAAAUUUUAACACUUUAAUGUUGCUCUAGAGACAUAAUGAAGAUACCUGCUUGCUUUGUAAUUUAUUAGAAUGCAAUGUGAACUUUAAAACUGCUGAUUAUCUGAGAA